AUGGCCAUCGAGCUUGCUCAGUUUGGACAUCAUCUGCAACCUUCUCCUGCACAUCCUAAUCUUAAUAUCAAGGAGGAGAUCCUGUCCAUUGCGACGUCUACCGCCCUGCAAAAUUCAGGCCUUCCGUGGUGCUACCGCGUGUUUUCGGAUGCCCCAAACCCAGGGCUCUAUGUGAACGAUAUCGGUAUCCUUGGCGUUCCUCUUGAUGCUCUGGAAGGCGAACACGUUGGAAAAGCUGUCAAUUUGGGACAUAAUGUGUCUUCCGAAGUCACCGCCACAUCGUCGUCAUGGUCUCUCGAUGCGACCCAGUUUCGCUUCGAGAAUCCAAAAUUUGGGGCCUUUCUUGCGCAGGUAUUACAGUGGGCCUCCACAGCGCUCGGUCACGAUGCUUCAGCCGGGGGAGUAAACACUCCAAAAGCCUCGCUCAGCUGGUAUGGAGUGGGUACCGCGGCGGACGUGUCGCAUAUACCUCAGGAGUCAAAUAUCUCAAGCAAACUGGGCACUGUUCUCAUGAUCAUGCCCUCCCUGUUCGAAGGUGGCGCGGUGCGACUUCACCACGCCGACUAUGCGCAGACGUUCCAGUUGGACACCGUUGUGCCAGGCGACGUGGCAGUACUGGCCUGGCAUGCAACAACGACCUUCGCCUCAGAGCUCAUCACCAGUGGUUCAUACCUGGUCCUUGCCUUCGAUCUUGUGUGCUCAAAUCCUACCAUGCCAUCGCCGACCCUUGGCCCGCAAUGCAAGGAGCUUGCACGCCUAAGACAGCUCUUGCAAACAUGGGAGAAAGGUCGCAGGGCCACUAUGCCCUCCAAGCUCGUGUACUUGCUCAAACACAAGUACUCAUAUGGCGACGUCCGCAAGGGCGUCUUGCGCGGAUCCGACGCACAUCUCGCGGAAGCUCUCGAGAUAUGUGCCGGCGCACAUGGUUUCAAACUCGGCCUCGCAGUCUUGACCUGCAAGCUCGGCGAAUCUAGAGUCCGCACGCGGGCUUCUGGCUCGGAUAGCGACGAAGACGACGACGCCUCGGUCGAACCUACGGAUGCCGAUUCAAACGCCGACAGCCCGGGCGGCGUAUCCUACGCGGACGAUGACGAUGACGCGCACAAGGAGCCCAUCACACUUCCCCUACAAAACGAUCUCACCUCAAGACCAGACAUGAAGCCCUCCCCCUCCAGCCUCGACCCACUCGAUUAUCACUGCUCUUAUGACUACGAGUCCGAUCGCGGAAAACCCCCCACACCCGACUCAGACGCAGAAUCUCUGUCUUCAUCCCAGUUCAGCUCUCCCGGAUACUGUCCCAUACAUUCCUACUCGAAAGCCUCUAAACCCCUGCGGAGGAUUGGGCCACUUGUGGACUUCUCCGGUAAUCUCGUGCGGGACAAGAUGGACUACGACAGCGGCACAGACGUUAUCCCACUCGCCUUGCACAAGACGCUCAUUGCUUCGCCCAGUACCUAUCUGAAGUGGGAUGUUGGAUCUUGGGACCGGCACCUUUUGUUGGUGAUCUGGCCAUCUUGGGCCGACUUCGACGUUGUCCAUGGUCGCAAGGCCUUCACAGAGGCAUGUACGAGGUUGCGAGCCUCCGACAGCCUUCUCCCCACUGGGGAGGAGAAGGAGCUCGUUGAUCUCGUCGUGGCUCGUGCUAUCCCCGAAUAUUGGCGCGAUGUUGUCAACGCUGUGUGUCGUGCGGCACGGACAUGGGAGGACCAAGAUCUGUGGUUGCGCGCCGUCAAGGCGUGCGAUGCGGACCGCUCUAUUGCAACACUGGAUCAGGAAAACAUAUUCGGGGCCAAGGACAUUUUCGGGUUUGAAGCGGUUCGGCCUACCGCGGAGCGUGCUAUACAGCGAGACCCAUCUGACAUCGCAGCUCUCCAGUUUCUGCGGGAGUUCUUGGAUCGCACCGGCGAGAACCAGGGUCAAGAACCAUCUCCAGCUGCGUUAGAAUGGGUCUCCGAGCAAAGGUCUCUACGUCUCCAAAAAGUCAAAGCGCAGGUCGACGCGUUCCUCCGCCAGCCGGACGAUACCACAGGAGAGGCGAUUGCGACUAUAGUGCGCGCUGCGGCCCUGGGGAGCGAGCCAUCUCUCAUCUUCACUGACCUGAUACCAAAAAUCGAGGCUCUACCUAUUCGAAGCGACGUACUGCGCGCUUUGAUCGACGAAUUGCGUACUCAGGCUGCUACCCUCGAUCCAGGAGGACAAGCUCUAGGGAACGUCACCCCACAGCUCCUCCAGCAGUUUGCCAAUUCGGUGGACCUCGAAAACGCUUCGCCCGCAGAGCGUGUAGCGAUCACCCUCGACACGAUCAAGUACUGUCUCUCAGCAGGGAACCCAGGUGCUUGCUCUGCGCUCCUUGCUCGAGUCGUCCAUCCGGACUGGGUGGUCAAUGACAGCGUCGAGUACAUCAUUGAAUCGCUCGCGCCCCUUCUCGUGCGACUCAUUCCUUUCCUCGUACGCAAGAGACAAUCCCUUUCCUCUCCUGCUUUCACACCUGCCAUUCGAGCGAUCCUCCUGCAAUGGGGACGGACGGUCAUGGGUCCGCGGCCCGCCGAAACUACCGCAGCGCUCGGGAAGCUCGACCAGCUCGAGGAGUGGUCCUGCGCAUGUGACGCGUGCGUCUCCGUGCGUGCUUUUCUCAGGGAUGAGCCGGAGGGAGAGAAGACUUGGGCACGCAUUGGCGGGACGAAGCGAAAGCAUGUGGAGAAGUUCCUCAAGUUACAUGCGGCAGGUAUUGCGACGUUCAAAGCGAUCAUGACCACACCUCAAGGCAUCAAGGUCAUGAAGGAUGCCACUGUGGAGAAGCCCGUUCGUUGGACAGCGUACCAGAAACGCGGGAUCCGACUCCUGAGGGCCGUGAGCUCGGACCCCGAGACACUGUCUACAAUCCUUGGACCGGACGGACCGGUCCUCGCUGCUCUCUUCAGCGGGCAGGAUAUAUCUGACGGUGUCUCCGAGAUAACCACGGAGUCCACUCAGGAGCGUUUCGCGACUCUGAUGGUGUCAGGACCCACCGACCGGGAGCUCUCCCCGAUAUCUGUGGACGACUCCGACGCACCCCCCUCCCAUGCGCAUCCGACGACUGCGUCCGUAGGCCGAAGUAUCGGCAGUCCGGUCUCGUAUGCGUCAAUUCCUUCGCACUCUCCGUCUCCGACCCGAACUGGCUCGCCCUUGGAGUCCGAGCGUCCAAGCAAACGUCGCAAGGCCGCGUACGACCCUCAGGACGUGAUAGACCUCACGUGA